AUGUCGGCUGCAGCACGGUGCAGCAGCCUCCAUGCUGGUGUGCGGUUGCCAUCUGCUUUCCCAGGGCGAGCUGUGGACCCGCAGCAUCACGGCCAGCAGCAGCUCUUGCCGGCGCAGCGGCCGCAGCCACGCCACCGGCGCGCCGCCCCCCUGGUGGCAGCGGCCGAAGCCGCCUCGCUCGAGGAGCAGCAGCAGCAGCAGCAGCAGCCCGGCAGCAGCGAGAAUGGCGGGCAGCCGUCCACGUCUGGCAGGGGCGCCGCGCCGGCGCUGAAAGUGCGGGGCGCCAAGGUCGUGGUGCAGGAUAUGGUGAAGCACUUUGAGACGCGGCGGGGGCUGUUCAAAGCGGUCAACGGCGCCAGCGUGGACAUGGAGCCAGGCACGAUCACAGCGCUGCUGGGGCCCUCCGGCUCAGGCAAGACCACGCUGCUGCGGCUGAUAGCGGGGCUGGAGGAGCCGACCGCGGGGCGGGUGUUUUUUGACGGGGAGGACAUCACGGGGCGGUCGGUGCCAGACCGGGACCUCGGCUUUGUCUUCCAGGGCUAUGCGCUGUUCAAGCACAUGACUGUGGCCGACAACAUCACGUUUGGGCCGCGCAUGCGCAAGAUGGGGCUGGACCUGGAGGCCAAGGUGGAGGAGCUGCUGCAGCUGACGGAGCUGGAAGGGCUGGGCGGACGGUACCCGCCGCAGCUGUCUGGAGGCCAGAAGCAGCGCGUGGCGGUGGCGCGCGCCUUGGCCUGCAACCCGCGCCUGCUGCUGCUAGACGAGCCCUUUGGGGCGCUGGACCCGGUGGUCCGCAAGUCGCUGCGGCACGGCCUGCGUGACAUUGUGCGGCGCGUUGGCGUCACCACCAUCAUCGUCACGCAUGACCAGGAGGAGGCGUGGGACAUUGCCGACCACGUGGUCAUCUUCAACAAGGGCGCCAUCGAGCAGCAUGGCACGCCCGAGGAGGUGGCCAAGGAGCCGAUGUCUCCGUUUGUGAUGAACUUUGUCGGGGACGUGAGCCACGUGCCUGCCUCCUGCCAGCUUGUUCGCAAGAUGGGCUUCCACACCGACAAGCCUUUCGUAAUGGUCCGCCCCUCGGACAUCCGGUUGCGCACCAACUUUGAGGAAUGCCAGUCGUGUGCCCCCGCCACCGUGCACGACAAGGCGAACCUGGGCAAGUCGGUGCGCUACUACCUGCGCUUUGAUGACGACGUGGACGUGGACCUGACGGUGUCUCGCAAGGUGGACGAGGAGGUGUACGACCUGGGCGUGGGGCAACGCGUGUUUGUGCAGGUGCCGCCUGCUAAGAUGAUGGGCUUCGACUACUCCGACAUCGAUGCUACCUCGGCGGGCAUCUAG